AUGACAAAAUGGACGAAGCGCAAGAAGACCAAGAAGCCAGUGGUCAUCGAGGAGCCUGAAGAGCCCGUCUAUCUCGCCGAGUAUUCUGACACGACUCUGAGGGACAAAUUGCUCGAAGACUGCCUUGUCACGAGAUGUCAGGUGUAUAAUUGCACCAUCAAGCGAACCAAAUUCUCUGAGUCCGAAAUCUACGAAUGCAUUUUCGCGGAUUUGGGAGAUGAGCCAGCUACAGAUGCCAAUGCUUUCGAUGAGUGCAAGAUUUACUCCUGUAACCCGAUUCGGUAUGCUACUAUGGUCAAAUGCGAAGUGAAUGACUCGACAUUCUCGUCCGGUGUGCCGGGCAUGUUGAACAGCGUUCUGAAAAAAAGCAAAUUCUUCAAUUGUUGUUUAUUAGACGAUCCCUGGAUCUCCUGGUCAGAGCUACAUGAAUGCGAGCUCUCUUGGCCAUCUUAUCCACCGAGCGAGAUCAGAAAGGCUGGAUUAUAUCACUGUAAAAUCUACACCAGCUCUCUUGCGAAUCCAGUUGCGAACGAAUCAAGAUUCAGGAACAGCAAGCUUUUCGGGCUCCCGGCAACAGAAGCGAUGCCGGACCGUACCACAUGUCGAACUCUGGACAGCAGUACCUUCGUUGAGUGCGAUAUUCGCCGCGUGGGCGUUACUCAUAGUUUGUUUAUAAAGUGUAAAUUGAAGUAUGCUGCGAAUCGACGGUCGACAUUUGCGAGAUGUACAGUAAGACGGCCUGCUCUUACACCUCAGCCAGCAAAUGACGUUGAAGUUUCCAGAGUGUUGGCGAACUUCCCUCAAAAGAAUAGUAAGAAUCAGAAAAAACCGAGUGUCGGAUCGAAGAUGUCAUUGGAACAUUUGCCCAUGGAAAUUCAGAUGCGAAUAGUACAUUUUGCAGCGGCGACACUUGAAUGGCAAGGUGUUACACCACCGCUAAUAGCAUCGUUACGAGGGCAUCAACUUCUGUAUCGCGCGGCACUAACAAGUUUCGCUCGGAAAAACUGGUUUAUUGCAGAUGCCCAGUUGAAAGCAUUUGAAGCUGAAGAUGAUAAGAUGUCAUCCAAAGCAUGGCACAGCUUGAGGAAGCUGGAAAUACUAAAUGUUUGGAGAUCCAAUGAAUGCACGUCACUCAUAGAAAUGGCUCCUUUACUUACUUCAUUGGAUCUAAAUUUGGGUGCUACUAUUGGGCGAGACAUAGUCGGUGGGCCAUCGGCAGAAAUUCUUCCCAAAGUAUUUGCGUCGGUAAAGAAGUUGAAAUGUCUCUCGAGGCUUUCACUCAUCAAAUUCAGACCUGCCUACACCUUUCAGCAUUCAAAGGCGCCCUAUCACCCAGGAGCAGAUGUACGGGGUGCGUUGGCGAGCUUUGUUCAAGAUCUCGAGGAGGAGUGGCGGAUCAAGUCAUUAUCAAAGGAAACGGAGGCUUUCCAUACCUAUACAUGGAAAGCACCUGCCAGCUGUACGUUGAACUGA